AUGUUCGAAGUCCGAAGAGACCGCAAUAACAAUUUGGGCCUAAAAGGCUAUUGGAUACGUUUAAUCGGAGGGUUUCUCGAGGCCCGUACACUACUGAAUAAUCCGGAAAUGGUGAACAAACAUACCACAACGUACUAUGCUCGGGAUCAGAUGAAGGCUCUGGGGCUCUACAUGAAUACGGAGGAGCAUGCACUGCUGCCACUUCGCAGGGCGUGGCAUGUGUUCCUCUUUGGGCAGCUUUCUAUCAUGUACUUGUCGAUGAUCUAUGGAUUGCUGGACGAAUCUCUGGACAAUGUUGUCGAAAUGGGUCGUGAUCUGGCCUUUUUGAUUGGGAUGUUUUUCAUAAUAUUCAAGAUGGUUUUCUUCAGUCUGUAUGCGGAUGAAGUGGACGAAAUAAUCGAUGCCCUGGAGCAGGAUCAUCAUGCGGAGGUCAAGGGUCCGGGCACUGCUAUUAAUCGAGCGACUAAGCGUCGGCAUUUUCUAUUACUAAUGGCAUUGGAUUUUGUUUGGACCUUUGCCGUAGUCAUAUUUAUCAUUCUCCUGAUAAGUACGCCCCUCUGGGCAGACCAGACACUGCCCUUUCAUGUGGCCUUUCCGUUCGAGUUGCACGACCCAUCCAAACAUCCGAUUGCACAUUUCAUCAUCUACAUGUCGCAGACUUUCAGCAUUGUGUUUGCUAACAUUUGGCUCGUGGCCACCGAGGGCCUGUCCGUGUGCCUCUACUCCCAGGUGACGACUGCGUUGAGUGUCCUGUGUGUGGAGCUGCGACAUCUCCCACAGCAUUGCACAAGCGAUGGACACGAGGAUGGCCUGCGAUGGGAGCUCAAGCGUCUGAUCAGGAAUCAUCAGAGUAUCAUUCUUAUUGUGGAUCGCUGCAAUCAGCUGUUCCAUGGACCCCUCAUCAUGCAAAUGAUUGUCAACUUUAUGCUGGUCUCCCUCUCCGUGUUUGAGGCCAUGAUGGCCAGGCACGAUCCCAAGGUGGCAGCCGAGUUUAUGGUACUGAUGAUUCUGGCCCUAGGACACCUCUCGCUGUGGUCGAAAUUCGGAGAUUUGAUGUCCCAGGAGUCGAUGGAGGUGGCCAUGGCUGCCUACGAGGCGUACGAACCGAAUGUUGGCUCCAAUGGAAUCCAUCAGGAUAUACGCUUUAUAAUUGCGCGUUCCCAGCAGCCAUUGAUAAUGAGAGCUAGCCCCUUUCCGGAAUUCAAUUUGAUCAACUACAUGGCUAUACUGCAUCAGUGCUAUGUGCUUCUCACGCUCUUGUUGAACACAUUGGAUUAGAUGGAAAAUUUUAAUCUUUCCACUCUAAAUAUAUCAAUAUAUCACUUGAUUUGCCUACAAAUAGAUUUAUUUCUGCUGGAAAAUGGUUUAUGUAUACAACUUCCAAAGUGAUUUCUUUUUCAUAAAAUGUUUGCCUUAACCCCUGUGGAAUUGAUU